GUACAUCUGCUUCGAAGAAUCACUGAUUAAACUGUAAGCAGUUGAGUUGUGGCCAACAAAAGAAGUAAAAUUCUGAUUUGAGAAGUGGUGCUUAAAUGGAUUGCCUAAAUGAUUCACCCAACCUCAUGAUAGUUUCAGAUCUUGACAAUACAAUGGUUGAUCAUGAUGAUCCUGAAAACCUUGACAUGCUUAGGUUCAAUUCACUAUGGGAAACCUAUUAUCGUCAAAACUCUUUGCUUGUCUUUUCAACUGGAAGGUCACCCACGAUUUACAAACAACUGAGGACUAUGAAACCGCUCUUAACCCCGGAUAUAACUGUGAUGUCUGUAGGGACGGAGAUUACUUAUGGUGAAUCAAUGGAACAAGAUAUUGCAUGGCAGCAAUUAAUCAGUGAAAACUGGAAUCGAGACAUAGUUUGUGAAGAAACUGCAAAAUUUCCCGAUCUUGUUCUUCAGUCAGAAACAGAACAAAGACCUCACAAAGUUAGCUUCUAUGUUGAAAAAUAUAAAGCCACGAGAAUCAUGGAGAUUCUAUUGAAACGCCUGGAAGAACGUGGGUUAGAUGUGAAAAUUAUUUAUAGCAAUGGAAUAGCACUGGAUGUCUUACCAAAAGCUGCUGGCAAAGGGAAUGCUCUAGAGUAUUUGCUUAGAACAUAUGAAGCUUCCGGAAAGUCACCUAAGAAUGUUCUUGUUUGUGGAGACUCAGGAAACGACACUGACCUGUUUACUCUCCCUAAAAUCUAUGGUGUGAUGGUUAGUAAUGCACUUGAAGAGUUAUUGCAGUGGCAUGCAAAAAAUGCCAAAAAUAACCCCAACAUAUUUCAUUCGUCGGAGAGGUGUGCUGCUGCAAUCAUACAGGCUAUUGAUAAAUUUGGUCUAGGCCCACAUAUUUCUGCAAGGGACAUGGAUGACUUUUCAUUGCGAGAAGUCGACAAUGUUAGCCAUGAGGUGGUGAACUUCUAUUUGUUUUAUGAAAGAUGGCGACGUGCAGAAGUCCAUAGAUCAGAGCAGUCUUUGGCGCGAUUUAAAUCCGUGUUUAGUCCACUUGGUAUUUUUGUCAAUCAUUUUGGAACAGAACAAUCUCUACAGCAGUAUCUUGUUGAGGUGCAAGGGUAUUAUGGGGAUAAAAAAAGAACACAAUUUAGGGUAUGGCUGGACCGGAUAUCUUCUGCACAAAUUGGUGUCGAUACAUGGGUGGUCAAAUUUUAUCAAUGGGAACAAACUGGUAAGAUAUACCCUUGCUUUCUUAUUGUUAUGUAAAGUAUAUAACAUGUUAUUAUCCAAAUGUUUUUUUCAGGUGAGAAGCAACAAGGUUAUCUAACCAAAGUUUUACUCGAAAUGAAGACUGGUGCACCCACAUGGAUGCACAUGCAUCAAAAUUUAACAGAUGGAUCAGGAGAAGAAUGGCAGAAGCUUUAAGGUAAGAACUGAGAACUAUUAA